AGAUUUGGCUUUGCUGAGAAGCCUCAGACCUCGCACUUCUCGCGGGGAAUGAUGUCAUUUAAAAGAGUAACUCCUCACAUCACUGCCAUCCAGGGAUCCUGCUGCUGAAAGCGGCACUGUGCGCAGGGAGUGGCGAAAGAGGUCAAACCUUGGCUUUGGAAGGAGAAAUAUGGACCAAAGUGGUACCGACAACAUUGUCAACAGCCGAGCCGAAAAUGAAUGCAAAAGUAACUCUGCCGAAGACGAACUUAAUCUGUUUAGGACCUGCUUGGUUUGCAAAAAGGAUCUUACAAAUCGCCAGCCCAGAUUGCUGCCUUGUCUCCAUUCGUUCUGCAAAGAUUGUGUGCCGGCUGAAAUCCGCAGCCUCAGUCCUACAAUUACAGCCUGCCCGGAGGACAGUAAUGGGGAAGGCAUUAUCUGUUGCCCUGCUUGCAGGCAAACGUGUUUCACGGGCGAUGUAGUGGAGAACGUCUUCAUCAGAGAGUAUCCACUAGUGUCCCAAACCAUGGACAAGCACUGCUCAGAAUGUGAAAAGAAACCAGCCUUCAAGUUAUGUUCAGACUGCAGUAAGUGGCUGUGCAGUGCAUGUUCAGAAGAGCAUUUGCAUGGGAAAGAUACAAAACAUCAUAAGCUGUUAACCCCAGAACAUGCUGCAGGUAGUGAGGGUGAAGUUCAUGAGUUCUCACUGCUCUGUCCACUUCACACCAAAGAGCCAUUGAAGCUAUUCUGUGAGACCUGUGAUGUGUUGGCCUGCUGGAAUUGCCAACUAACACAACACAAAGAACAUAGUUUCAAAUAUCUGGAAGAUGUUUUACAGAAUCAGAAGGUCACUUUGGAGGAGCUGACUCUGAAAAUGGAAGAGAAAAAGGUCAGCAUGCAGAGCUCGGCAAAACAAGUACAGGACAGAUUAAAUGAAGUAAUGCAAGUGCGGAUGAAGGUGGAAAAUCAGAUUAAGAUGGCAAAGAUGAUCAUGAUAAAUGAAUUAAAUAAACGAGUGAAUGUUCUGAUGGACCAGGUGGAGAGAAUUACAAAUGAACGGAGGCUUAAGUUGGAGCACCAGCUUCAAGCAGUAAUGGGUUUGUGCAGGCACUUAGAGCAUGUGUUAAACUUCAUCAACUGGGCAGUCUCCAAGAAGAACAACAUCCCGUUCUUAUUCAGCAAGGAACUGAUCAUGUUUCAGAUGCGACGUUUACUGGAAACACAGUGCAAUACAGAUUUGGGUCCCUCCAAAAUUCAUUUUCACUGGGAUUCUGUCUUGUGGACUAAGAAGCUCUCUUCUUUAGGCUAUUUGUCAUUUGACUCUGAAAAUUCUACCCACCAGGAAUGCCAGACCUCCUUCCCUCAGCAACAAUCACCAUUACCUUCAGACACUGCAGAUCAUAGACCCUGUUUACCACCAUCACUUCUGUGCCAAAAUCCUGGCCAACAAUACUCGGUCUGUGGUAAUCGUUGUCCAGACCCACGUCCAAUGCAAAAAGACCAUGAGACUGUAAACUGUUUGCAGAAUCAUCAGACUUUAGGCCAACUGGCAGGAAAUUUGCAGCAUCAGCUUCAGGUGCAGUACAGUGGAAUGCAACAGAGACAGCCUCAACAGAAAUACUUUCCGCGUCCAUUCCCAGUACAGCCGAUACCAACUUUGCAGCCUUGGCACAUAGCUCAAACUGGACCUGAACAAAGUACAGUUUUGAUUGGACAUCUCCAAGCACAACGCUUGCAGCCAAGCCUGCAUUCAGCAUAUACUGUACCACAACAAAGAAGCAUGACACCAAUGCAUGUGGUGGCCUUGCAGCAACCAAAGCAGCUUGUGCACCAGCCACAACAGAAGCAACUUUUUCAAUUGCAACAUUUAAAGUUACCAAAUCAAUCAUCAGUGCAACCGUAUCCUGUGAAGCAGCGAUUGCCACCUGAGCAAAUUCAACACCAACCCCCUGUUGAAAAUUCACAGGGGAAGCCUCCUUCCAAAGAACCUGGUCAACAUAGUCAACCAGAGCAAAUGCCAAUUGCCCAUAAGGAUUCCCUGGAGCAAUCACAUCCGUUGAGCCAGAAACUGCAGAACAUGCAGACUGCACAGAAGACAAUUAUGAGGCAGAUUGUUCUAAAAAAACAAGACAUUCCUGUGGAACCACAACACUGUGGUCAACAAAGAGUGGUGAAUAAUCAGGACCAACAGGGUGAAAAGAACCAGGCACCAGAAUUAAAUGUGGUCAGUCAAGUUACUCUGCACAAUCCUCUUGAUGUUGAAAAACAGCAGAACAUAAAUGGUAACAGAGAAAACUCCACCCCUGUCCAGCCACCGGAUUUAUUGAGAUUACCUAAAGCUCCUGAGAAACAAUCAACCUCUUCUAGAUCCUCAACAAAAAGGAUGUGUUCAUCUGCUCCGAAGAAAGGAAGGAGAAAGCGUUCCGCUUCAGGCCAGAUUGAAUCCACACUACCUGUGAACAAGGAAUCUUUGCAUCCUGCCCCUUUAUUGAUUGAAUUGCAUACACCACUAACCACACCCAGAUCCCAUGGUGACUCUCAGGGCCAUCUGCCAGAGAACAUACCUGUAAACUGGGAACCAAAGGAAACAAAGUAUAAGUCUGAAGACACUGACACUAGAGUACCAAAGGAAUCCAUGGAAACUGAACCAGACCCUUUCAAAGAGAACAGCUGUAAAGAGCCAAUGAACCUUUCUGUUAAUGCUGAAAAUCCUAGAAUCAAUGGAUCUCAAGAUAUGGCAACGGAUUCACUGGAUGAAGGAACACCACAUGACAAAACAAACCAGAGGGCUCAGAUGGAUGGGGUAAAGGUGCCUUAUGUGCGUUUGGAGCGAUUAGAGAUCUGUGCGCCAUCCACUGGCCAGCUCCCCAUCUUCAAAGUGCAGUCAGCUGUUCAUGAAGAUGAAAGCAAGCACCUUGUCAUGAUGGACAGUCAGACCUUGAAUACUGCAACAAAGAGCAUUACUCUGGACAGCACACUCACUCCACCAAACUCGAACCCCCCUCCUCCUCAACAAUGUGAGACAGAUGAUGCAGCAGUUACUUCUGACCUGCCACCUGAUGUUGCAGCGUUCCCAUCUCCUUCAGAUGAUAAAACCUCUGAAGCAAAUUCUCAGACAACUCCAAAUGCAGCAGGUGCUACUGAUGACAACGAGGAUUAUUGUGCAGUCUGUUUGAAUGGCGGGGAGCUAUUGUGCUGUGAUCGAUGUCCAAAGGUGUUCCAUCUCCAAUGUCACGUGCCUUCUCUUCUCAGCUUCCCAAUGGGUGAGUGGUUGUGUACGUUGUGUCGGAAUGUGGUGAUGCCCGAAGUGGAAUAUGAUUGUGAAAAUACGCGGCAUAUCAAUGAAAACAGAGGAAUAAGAACAUUACAGGGACUCUCCAUUAGUGACCAAAGGAAAUGUGAAAAGCUGACUUUACACCUAUACUGCUACCCGCUCAGCCUGCCCUUCCAUGAGCCUGUCAGCCCACUGGCUCGUCAUUACUACCAGAUUAUCAAAAGGCCAAUGGAUCUUUCUACUGUCAGGGCAAAACUGCAGAAAAAGAGCCCUCUCCAUUACUACACACCUGAAGAAUUUAUUUCUGACAUUCAGCUUAUGUUUAUGAACUGUGCAAAAUUUAAUUAUCCAGAUUCGGAGGUGGCCCAAGCUGGAAGAAGUUUGGAAACCUACUUUGAUGAAAAACUUAAACAAAUUUAUCCUGACAAAAACUUCACAGGAGCAACCCAAGAAUAUUCUGAUUAUGAAGAGAUUGAUAAUGACAGUGGUACAGUGACUAUCAAUGGGUUUACUUGGCCGACAGAAGAAAAGGAGCCUGUGAAGCCAAAGAGAAGACGCAGGCAUGGGGCGAACCACAGCCAUAAGGACCAUAAAUAGUGUUGCUGGCUGAAUGUUUAAAUAUGGUGAAAUGUAAAUUGAUCCUCGACUCCCUUCCUCUUUACCUUUUCAAUCUAUUUCUCUCUCUCUUUCUCUCUCUCCCUUGCUUAAGUGCAUUGCUCUGUCAAUUUUUUUCAACAAAACAUGUCUCUAAUAUUUUUUGGAUCUCUCAGGAAUGUGAUACCAGCUUCCCUGAAGUGGAAACUGUAAGUGGCACUUACCAGUUGUUUUCAUAGUUUUAUUGCAAAGUGAUUACACUGAAUGAGGUUGGAUGUGGUGUGUUGUGGACCCAUCCUUUGUGUGAAAGACUUGCAUAUCAUGUCUACAUCAGUAUUGCUCUUGGGUGAACAGUUUUAGAACAGGAUUACUGUGACAUUUCUUGCAAAUUAUGGGGCAUUAUUCCAGUUAGUUUAAGAUUUAUUUGCAGAAUGCAGUGGGCAAAAUAACCUUAUUAACAUUUCUUUUUCAUCACUUAAGUUAAAGCCCAUGUAAUGAAAAUAACCUGAAUGGAUGAAUUUCCAUGGAGUUUCACCUGUUUGUCCACAUUAACAGCAACAGAUUUGGAAGAACCUGCUGAGAAUUAGCAUAAAUUGUGAGCCUCUGACAAAAUUCCACCCUCAGUAGAACGUAGGUUGUGCUUUCUUAGUUAAGUGUUUGACUUUCAAUAUUCCUGCCAGAGAUAUCCCUUGGAUUGUGUACACGUUGUUGAGGGAUAUCAAUUAUGGCUUUUACUUUUCAGUAUUGAUUGUUGCAAAUUAGUACAAGAAAUGUUGCCUUUUGUAGGGUGCGGUGGUCAUUAGAAUCACUGCUGGUUUAUUGGGAUGGAUUUUAUUUUUUUAGUAACUGUUGAAGAGAAGCUUGUCAACUGUGCACAAUUUUUAAAUUCAAUUUUGUUAAACUGCAUAGGUUUUGAUUGUAAAGCUUUGGAACUUUGAAUUAUUGUUGCUUCACAAGUGCUCAAACACACCAUCAUGCUCCGAACUGCGAUGGCAGAAUGUGGCACACUGACGAUGGUAUGCCAUAAGCUCCUUUUGUUUCAACAUUUUGUGUACUAAUUUGAAACGAAAAAUGGUGAUGGUGGAGUUGUGGUUUGGGAGUGGCUGGAUAAGGUCAGGAAACCUCGGAGAAACUGUUCGUACAGGUAACGCCCAGUUAGUAUAUGGUGAUCUCUGAGGUACUCUGGUGUAUUGAACUGUAGUGCAAAUGUUUUCUAGAGCUAAGCAGUUUCACGUGCAAUUUGUCAUGUGACCUUCCAGAGUGAGAUGAGGGGCUGAAACGAGUCUUUCAAAUGAGAACUGUAUGAGUCUUCAAAUGAUUAAUAAAAGAACAAAAUAACCAUACAUGUCAAUACAGUAUCGUUAUUUGAAUGUGAGACUUUUUAACUGGAGUACUGUUUAAAGUAAUGACGAAACAAAAGUUUUUAGAAAAAUAUGAGAGCAGUACUUAAAAUGGCUUCACCGGCAUUGAUGUUAAUGUUAAUUGAUGUCUGUCUUUCAAUAAGAAUUAUAUACUUAACUGUUCUAUAUGACAGUAGACACAUACAUUGUCAGCAGGUUGUAAUUAAAUUGAUUUUCUAAAAGUACCGUGUUCUAACUAUUCUUAUUACUGCUGUAAUAAAGGGCGUUAACAUGGCUGAAUAAAAUGUUGAAACAUUC